AUGGUUUGCAGGGGUGGAGGAUUUAUAUCAUUAGAGAACCUCAUCUUUUUUGCGCAGAAGUAUCCAGCUUCAUUCCAGCGAUUAUUGCUUAAACAAGACGGAGUCAGAGCAGAGUGGGAAUAUCCAUUUGCAGUAGCUGGAAUCAAUAUUUCAUUUAUGUUGGUGCAGAUGCUGGAUCUUCAAUCAGUUCGUCCAUCUUCUAUGCCAGGAAUCUAUUUUCUACGGCUGCUUGAAGAGGAUGAAAUGGCAUUUGAUAUCCUUUUUUGCAUCGCCUUUCAAAUUAUGGAUGCUCAGUGGCUAGCAAAGCGUGCUACAUAUAUGGAAUUUAACGAUGUUUUGAAGUCAACGAGAACGCAGUUAGAGCAGGAGCUUGCUCUUGAUUUUGGCAUUGUAAUGACUAAACUGUUACUAUCAUGA